CAAAGAAAAUAAAUCAUUUUCAUCUUGACAGACAUAUCACAAAAAUGGCCGAAUCAAAGUUGAGUUGCUUCAAAGACGAAAGGUGGUCACUUCAUGGCAAGACAGCUCUAGUAACAGGAGGCACCAAAGGCAUAGGGCACGCUAUAGUAGAAGAGUUAGCAGAAUUUGGAGCAGCAGUGCAUGUAUGUGCACGUAAUCAACAAGAUAUUGAUAAAUGUGUAGAAGAAUGGAAAAACAAAGGAUUUCGCAUAACAGGAACCGCAUGUGAUGUACUAUCUCCUGAGCAACGUGAAAACUUAAUGAAAAAUGUUGCUUCAAUUUUUCAUGGAAAGCUCAACAUUCUGAUAAACAAUGUUGGAACAACUACACCUAAGAGUCUCAUAGAUUAUACUGCAGAAGAUGUAAAGAAAAUUAUGGGAACUAAUUUUGAGUCUAGUUACCACCUAUGUCAGUUAGCACAUCCACUUCUAAAAGCAUCUGGAAAUGGGAGUAUAGUAUUUAUAUCUUCCAUUGCAGGUGUCAAAGCCUUUCCUCAUAGUUCUGUCUAUUCAUCUUCUAAAGGAGCCAUGAAUCAAUUCACCAAAAGCGUAGCAUUGGAAUGGGCAAAGGAUAAUAUUCGUGCAAAUGCAGUGGCACCUGGACCUGUUAUUACCCCACUUCUAGAUUCAAUCACGAAAAGUGCUGAUGGAAUGGAUAAAUUUGUUGAGGCUAUGGUGUCUCAAACACCGGGUGGUCGCCUUGGAGAAAUAAAGGACAUAUCUCCACUUGUUGCUUUCCUUUGCCUUCCAGCAGCUUCACACAUCACUGGACAGAUUAUGGUUGUGGAUGGUGGUUACAUAAUUUAAAGUGUUAUAAAAUUAAAUAAAUAAAUGCUCAGAACUCAAAUUUAAUCUCCAUCAUCACCGAGAACACAUAUUCUCUUCUAAAUAUAUAUUCUAAGUCCAUAUUUAAGAUUUGGAUUCAAACUUUGGAUAACUUAUUUAAAUAAUAUAAGUCAUUA